AUGUAUCAAAGUGAUAACAAUCUUGAUAAAUUAUUUGAACUCUUUAAAGACUAAAAAACUAAAUUAUUUUAAGUCGAAUCAUUUAUUACAUCAUUAGAAUAAACAGGUAUAUAUAAUAAUUUACUCUCAUUUAGAAAUGACAUAAAAUACAUUAAUUUUAAAGGAAAGAUUAAAUCUGUUUAAAAAAUAACAAUUAUCCAAAGCUGAAUUUGAGUAAUUGUUUUAGAUUGAUUUAAAAAAUGUAAUGAGUAUAAUAAAUAUAUGAGAGAGAUAUGAGUCAAGCAAUAUUUAAUUCCAUUCAAAAAAAAGACAAAAAUUUUAUUUCAACACAAGAUCUGAUUAAUUUGAAUCAACUUUAUAAAUUUGGGUAUACCAAUGACUAAAUUAACUUAAUAAUGAAAUUCUUAGGAAAAUCAAAUUAAAUUAGCAACGAUCAAUUUAUUCAUGUGCUUCAAUAAUAAUAACACAAUUGA